AUGUCCAGGACGUCCUACGACAGAUAUCUUACCGUUUUCUCGCCUGAGGGCCGAUUAUACCAAGUUGAAUAUGCUUUCAAAGCUAUCUCAGGCUCUGGACAUACAGCCAUUGCCGUCCGUGGAAAAGAUACAUCUGUCGUUAUCACCCAACGCAAAGUCCCUGACAAGCUCCUUGACGCAUCAACCAUCACGCAUCUAUUCAGCAUCACCCCCACAAUCGGGUGUGUGAUGACUGGGCUUCUGGCGGACGCAAGGGCUCAGGUUUCCCGAGCACGUUCUGAAGCAGCAGAGUUUCGAUACAAAUUCGGGUACGAAAUCACCCCCGACGCCCUUGCACGGCGGAUGGCCAACAUCAACCAAGUGUACACGCAGCGCGCUGCCAUGCGGCCUCUGGGCAUCGCGAUGAUCAUGAUCGGAAUUGAUCCCGAAUUUGGACCACAGGUAUUCAAACUUGACCCAGCGGGAUACUUUGUCGGAUUCCACGCGACGGCUGCGGGGCAAAAGCAGCAGGAGGCGAUGAACAACCUUGAGAAGAAGUGGAAGAAACUUGACAACGGCCGUGGUGGGGAUGAUGCGAGCAAGGCCGGAAAGACAUUGAGCCGGAACGAGGUUAUCGAGAUGGCGAUUGAGGUCAUGUCGGUUGUGCAUGCUACUGAUUACAAGCCGGGAGAGAUCGAAAUUGGCAUUGUGUCUUCGAGCGAACUUGAAGACGAAAAGGUGCGAGGGCAGUGGAGGGUGCUGGGAGAAAAGGAAGUCGAAGAGCACCUGCUAGCGUAUGCAGAGAAAGAUUGA